AUGGCCGAUGCGGAGGGGCGCAGCGAUGGGUAUGAGUCGGAUGAGGGGCGCAGGAUCAUUGGGGAUGCUCUGGGGCGGUCCGAUCUCGAGGCUGGGGUGGAGGAGAGCGAGGAGGAAGAGAUGGUGUCCGCGCGGGAGACGCUGAAGGCCUGCGAGGACAAGGCGAGAGACAAGACAUGUGCACCGUCUACCAGCGGUGGGGAAUCGGAGGCGGACUGCCGAAUCUGCCUGCUCACGGACAAAAUGAGCAACCUUGUGGCGCCCUGCGCCUGCGACGGUAGUCUGAGGUACUGUCACUACAAAUGCCUGAAGACUUGGGUGAAAGAGCGACGCGCCUUGAGCUGCGAAAUCUGCGGGCAAAGCUACCUGGAGUCGUAUCGAGCCAGACUUGCCAAGACCGUGGCCUGGGCAGAAAAGCAGGAACAGAUGAGAAGGGAUGCUGCUCUUGCAGCACAGUUGACUGGUGGCGGGAGUGGGGAGGCAAUUCUGCCAGCAUCUGAUCGGUCAUCUGGCCGCCUGUGGUGUCGCGUUCUGCUGCUGAUCAUGGUCACGAUUGGCUUGCUGUAUAUUGUGCUGUUCCUCUCAAAGGGGACUCACUUUUCUUUCUGGACGUCGCUUGCCCUAGUUUGUCGAACACCCACCAAGAAAGGCGGGUUUGGGGUGGGAUGGGGGUAUGUAGCUACUUCAGCUGUAGCAGCGCCAAUGGCAUUGUAA